UUUUUUAAACAAAUUUCAAAUUGCAACUCAUUAUUCUGAAAUUUACAAGUACAUAUUUGAUUGGUCAAGUUAGUCAAAAACGUAAACAUAGAAGAGCAGAAUAUAUCUCGAAAACAUGACUGCUUUGAGUAACAUCAUUGGUUAAAAUGUAAUGUGUAUGUUUAUAUUGUCUUUAAUAAAUUUGUACAAUAAUAAUGGCGCAGACAGCUUUUCCUGCAUUAAAAAAUGACUUAAUUUUGAAAGCUGCGUAUGGAGAACCAGUAACACGUAUACCAAUUUGGAUAAUGCGCCAAGCUGGCAGAUAUCUACCAGAAUUUCAAGAAGUGAGAUCAAAGCAUGACUUCUUUUCUGUUUGUCAAACACCAGCUUUAGCUUCUGAAGUUACAUUACAACCUUUGAGACGAUUUGACUUGGAUGCCAGUAUUAUCUUUUCUGAUAUUCUAGUAAUUCCUCAAGCAAUGGGUUUAACAGUUGAGAUGAAACCUGGAACGGGACCAGUUUUACCACAGCCAUUGAAUGAUCCAUCAGAUUUAAGCAAAUUAGUACAACCAGAUGUAUGUAAAGAUUUAAAAUAUGUAGGGGAUGCUAUAACAUUGACACGUCAUAAAUUAGAAGGAAAAGUUCCAUUAAUUGGUUUUACUGGUGCACCGUGGACCUUAAUGAGUUACAUGAUACAAGGUGGCGGUAGUUCAACAAUGACUAAAGCAAGAUCUUGGUUGUAUAAACAUCCGAAAGAUUCUCAUAAACUUUUGCAAAUGAUCACAAAUGUAAUUGUGGACUAUCUUGUAAUGCAAGUAAAAGCUGGAGCACAAUUACUACAAGUGUUUGAAAGUCAUGCUGACUUUUUUAAUGACGAAUUAUUUGCUAGUUAUUCAUUUAAAUAUUUGAAAGAGAUUAGUGAAAAGGUCAGAAAGCAACUCAAGGAGGGAGGUAUUCCUGAAGUACCAAUGAUAGCCUUUCCUAAAGGAGCAACAAUGAAUUCUUUGGAAAUGCUGGCAAAAUCAAAAACAUAUGAAGUAUUGGGUUUAGAUUGGACUAUUGAUCCAAUAGAAGCAAGAAAGAGAUUGGGUCCUGAUGUUACUUUGCAAGGAAAUUUGGAUCCAUGUGCAUUAUAUGCUUCUGAGGAGGAAAUAACAAGUCGUGGACGAGAUAUGGCAAUAAAAUUUGGCAAAAAUCGUUAUAUUGCAAAUUUAGGACAUGGGAUUUUACCAGAUAUACCAAUUAAAUCUGUUGAAGCUUUAAUAAAAGGGAUUCACUCUGUUUAAUUUGUCAUUCCAACUACUCUCCCUACAUAUUUG